UAAUCACGAACCAUUUUAGUAUCCCCUGAAUGACUGCUGGCACCUUAAGGGGAACAAAGGCUUACCAGUGAACUUCUAUAAUUACAAACCUAUGACCAACCAAUGUGUCAAUAUUUACAACCAUAUCCCUUCUCGUUUAGAUAUUUGGAUUUAACAGGAUAAUACACUGAAAGAGCAGAUGCGUCCAAAGUCUAACAAUUUAUAUAAAACACAAUUGUGGAAAGUGCUAAGGCAAGCAUCUUCGUUUGAAGGCAAAAGUCAUAACAUUCCGCUUCUCUGUAAAUGAAAUUCGUAAACUCAAGACCAACCGGGUCAAAAGUACGAUUUUGAGUAAAUUUAUACUCAUAUCUAAGGUGAACGUGGUGUAUGGGAAUCGUGUUUCAAAAUCUCGCGAGUUUCUUUAAUCACAAGAAGUCGCCUACAUUUACUACGGGUGAAGUAUCAUAGUACAGGCUGACAGAACAGAGUACCAUUACCGUGCUGACGGUUACUGGUGUAUGGACGUGGAUAAUGACUAAACUCGUCACAUCGAUUAGUACAUCGUGAAACAAUUCACCAUACAUUCAGCUUCACCCAAAGUGCCAGUGAUUUGUUGAUUUGAAGGUGGAAAUUUAGUCAAUUAAUGAAUUUUAUCAGCAAAGUACCGAAAAUAUACCACGUGUGAUGGAAGUUUACAUGACCGAUAAUAUAAAAUAUAAAACUGAACUUAUUGAUAAAUACAGAAAUUUCUGUUACAUUUCCGCUUCAGUUGAUCACGUUGUUUGUAAAGAACACUAAAAUAUAUGUGUCUGUUUCAAUGAGGAUUUAUUAUUCAGUGUCGUCAAGGAAACAUUUUGCCAAUAUUUUUUUCGUGAAUUGUCCACAAGGAUGUUUUUUUUAACGCAAUAGAAAAUCAACUUCAGACACUUUAGGGAACUUGCUUCUUCUUCCGCUCGAAAAAUUAAUUAACCGAUUGAUUGAUUGAUCGCAAUUAUUGCCGCUUUAAGUUGUUUCGGAAUGGAGAGACUUUUAUCUGCCGGAAAUGAGAACGGGAUAGACAUCUUAACAAGCCAUUCAAGUAGUCUAUAACUUUACCGACAAAUCGUAAAGCAUAUCCAUCGUGGGCCUGGGUAUAGUCAAAGCUUCUUCGAAAGAAAUCGAGGACGAAUUCAAGUAACGUAAACUAAACUUGAAACUGUCGGGGUUAAUCAAACAUCGCAUGUCGUUUUUUAUUGGAUCUGAAUAUGUUUGCACGACUGGUUCGUGAAGCGCGUGUUCAUCAUCCCGGAAGUUUGUUCUUUUCAACUAAAUUGUUUGUGCAAUUGUAGUCUGCACGUACUGUUGCUGACGAACGAAGAAUUACGAGAAGGAAAAGAGAGGACACAUUGAGGCGAGUGACCACUUACACGGGGCGGCCACAUCAAGUCAAACCAGUCCAGGAGUUGUUACAAAUGUAACAACUACCCAGGCUCCCUCUAACGCCAAUAAAACAGUUUGCUACCAGUUCGUUGGUUGUUUCGACAAUUUCGCCCCAUUUGACAAUGCAAACCUCGACCUUCCCCGAUCCCCCGAAGCGAUUGGUACCAAAAUGCUCCUGUUUACACCGGAAGGCGGUUCUCGGGCGGAAAUACUCGACUAUACUAACGUUAACACGGUAUUGAACUCGCGCUACAAACCUACGCGGAAAACUAAGUUCAUCAUCCAUGGCUUUACCAAUAACAUCAAUACUACUUGGAUGUAUACCAUGAAGGACGAGUUACUUAAAACAGAGCCGAUGAACGUGAUAGUGGUAGCGUGGGGACCAGGAGCGACAUUUCCAGACUAUUUCCAGGCAGUGGCCAACACUCGCAUGGUAGGCACGCAGAUGCGACUCAUGAUUGACCAGAUGGUUCUGACUGGCGCCAAACUGAGCGACUUCCAUCUGAUUGGCCAUAGUCUUGGGGCUCACACAAGCGGUUACACGGGUUACCUCCUGCACGGGAAAAUAGGGCGUAUUUCAGGUUGUGAUGCUGCCGAGCCGGACUUCGAAAACCACCCUCAAAUGAUCCGUCUUGACGAAAGCGACGCCAUGUUUGUUGACGUAAUCCAUACGAAUGGGGCGCCUAUUUCUUCCGGCGGAGCAGGUCUAAUGCAACAAAGUGGCCACGUUGACUUUUACGCCAAUGGCGGAGAGACACAACCAGGAUGUCCCGGUCAAAUUUCGGGAAUAUUCGGCCAGAUUUUCAGCGGGAAAUUCGAUCAUUUAGGAGAUACUGUGAGCUGUAGCCAUUCCCGUUCUCACGAGUACUUCACAGAGUCCAUCAAUUCUCCCUGUCCAUUUACAGGCUAUCCGUGUAGCUCCUAUGAUAACUUCCAGAAAGGUUUGUGUUUGAACUGCGCAGGAAGUGGUUGCGCACAGAUGGGUUAUUAUGCCGACCAGUACCACGCCAGGGGCAAAUUGUACUUGAACACGGAAUCUAGCUCCCCGUAUUGUGGUUUCCAGUACAGUGUUGUAGUGGCAUCUUCAGCAGACUCUUCAGGAACUGUGGCAGUGAAAAUAAACGGUGAUUGGGGUACUUCCGGUUGGCAAAGUGUCACAGAACCUGAUGUGGAUCUGACUUCGGGUCACAACCUACAGGCAGUUAUCACAUCGUCCGUGGAGGUUGGCCAGAUACACAGUAUAGACCUCCGCUACACCAAGAAGGCCUCAAAUUUCUUAGGAUUUUUCGGCGGGGAGGACUCGUGGUCUGCUCAUUCUGUAUCCGUCGCUUCCGGUGAAUUGGGUGAAAGCUUCGAGUUCUGUGCCGUAAACCAUGCCCUCCAGGACAGCAUUCCCAUCAAUCUGAAGAGAAGAACAGCCCCGUCAUGUUAAUAAUAAAUAAAAGUCGGGGACUUUAUAAAUAAUACGAUGGAUUACAGCACUACUGUAUGUGUGGUGCCGAGUUCCCCCUUUCUAUAGAAUCACACUUAUCAAAGACAUGUAUUGUUCGCAAACGUAUUUUGUACAUGUUCCGCUUCAAGGUAGCCUCCGGAACUCUGUACUGACAGGAAGGAUGUGUAAACAGUCGUGAUUCUUUAAUUGAUUUUCUUCGAACAUUAUACGUCAGAUACGGAAGCAGCGGGCUUUCCUUUGGGCGGGCGAUCUACAUCAUUUAAUUUGCAAUGUUUUACGCUUGAUAAUACUUACAUGAUGUACGUAAUCAUAUGAUUUUGUUUGUGUAAUUCACAAAGAAGAUAUCCUCUGUUCCUGCUAUCAAAUCGUGUCAUAAAUGUCGUGGUGUUAUGUGUUAGGACUAUGCCAAUAAAUUGCUUCAUAUAUUUA